GUUCGCGAGAUCUUUAACGUUUUCCAAUUCUGUUCGUUACUCCCGAAGAGCCCAUCAACAUGAUCGGUAAUAUUAAUCUACUGGUUUUUGGGAUGAUGUUCCUUUUCGGAAUGGCCCUUACUCAUCAACCGUCCAACCAGCAGGACAUGGAAGCAAUGCAUAAAAACAGAAGGAUUGCCAUAGUAAACGAACUUAUCAAAGCUCAAGACCAAAUCCAAACAGCGCUGAAAAGGAUGUAUAAAGCCGUAGGCCCUCCGGGUAACGAGCAUAGCCCUGGCGGAGAGGACGAUUGUAGCGAGGAGAGCAACGAAAUCAGACCCAACUCUGGAGAGGAAGAUGCCUUCGAUCGAAUGAAGCAGCAGCAAAUCCAAGACGCCCGCAAACAGAUUCACGAGUACACCCAUCAGCUCGCUUCCCAGAUGCUGGAGGUGGAUAAAUCGAUCGAGAAAAUAACGCGAAAGGUCGAUAAAGAAAUCAAGGACAGCAAAACGGAGGUGAACUAUACUUUGUUCUAUAACAAACCAGCUCGGCCGGGAGCGCAUCACGGCAGCCACGAGGAACGUCCCGAACACGGUCACAAAGGAAGAAAUGUGCGUCCACAAAGAUCGAUGGUUUCCAGAAGCCCUCGGCAGUUGGGCGAACAUGGAUCGGAAGGAGCAGCGGAAGAAGGCCAAACAGUAGACGUGGGUGAUGGGGAAGACGUACCAGCAGUGAUAGUUGAAAAUGUGCAGUCAUGA